ACAUCACGUGACGUAAGAACGCAUAGCUAAGCUUUUUAUGGGCCCAGAGGCAGACGCGGUGCAUUGUGGUCCUAGUCGGUGGCUGUGCAGAAACAGAAACCAUCCUGCUGCUACUCAUCAGAGAAGCGCGUUAGUCUGUACACGACAUUAGAAGCUGAUUUCCAGGUGACUUGCAGCACCCCUAAAACCAGCCAUGUCAUCGACAUCCCAAAAGCAUAAGGACUUUGUGGCCGAGCCCAUGGGCGAGAAGACCGUGAUGGCUCUGGCAGGCAUCGGACAGGUCCUUGGCACAAGACUGGAGGAGAAAGGUUUUGACAAGGCGUAUGUCGUCCUCGGCCAGUUUCUAGUGCUUAAGAAAGAUGAGGAGCUUUUCCGGGAUUGGCUGAAGGACACUUGCAUGGCAAAUUCCAAACAACAAAAUGACUGCUUUAGCUGUCUGAAAGAAUGGUGUGACGCCUUCCUAUAAAAUGCUCACUCAUUGUUUUCUACUACUCUAGUUCAACAUGUAUAUUACCUCUUUCAUGGGCUCUAUUCAAUCCAAAUGCACAGCAGAUAUGAAUGGGCACGACACACUUAAGUUUAUGGAAGUCGGCUUGUUUUUAAAUUCUAAUGAAAAGUUUUGCCACAUUUCUGAAAUCCUACAACCCCCUAAAAUAACUCACACAUGCGCUUCUCGUGGUCUUUGUCGUGUAUCUCUGGACUAGAAACCUGCAGACUGUUAAUUAUUACUGGUAGUUAUCUCAUGUCAAAAUGUCUGCUAAUGAAGACUAAUCUUUCUUCUUCAAAUCUUGGCCUUUUUGCCCAAAGUUUUUAAUCUCGUUUGAAGGUUCAAAGCUGUCAUUUAAAAAAAAGCAUGUUUCGCAGUUUGAUAUGUUAAUCCACCAAUGUUUAAAGGAUUUCGCGAGCAGGUGGAUUGUCAGCUUGGAGUGUUUUGCAUUUGAUGUGAGACAAGAAAUAACCCUUAGAAUGCAAAUGAUACUAGACUUUGCAUAGAUGCAGAUAUACUUUUAAAAUUAUAGUACAAACACUUUGCCAUUUUAACUGUUGAUCCUGCAACUAAAGGAGCAAAAUGGUUGGAUCUCCCUUGUGGGGUCUGCUAAAAAACUUGUUUCACCUUGUAGAUUGAAAUGUGUAUAAAUAAAAUGCCAAUGGCCAAACUCAUAACACUGUCAAACAGUUGUGUAAGUCUUUUACCAUUGAAAUUUCAGCCUUUAUCUUAACAGACAUACAUGUUUGUUACCAAAUUAGCAAGACAAUGCUGCAAAUUGUGUGAUUGUAGUCAACAAAGCAGCUGCCAUACGUGUGGGGGGUGGGUGGGUUGGUUGGUCUACCUGCGUACAACAAAAGCUAAAAAUCCCACCCAGGCUAUGUAUUUUAUUACUCAGAUCUUCGUAGCUGAGCUUGAUAUUAACUUCAUGUAUUUCUACACUCAAGAUGCCUUAAUUUAAUGCAUGCUAGUUUACACAGUUGAGUAGAUAAACUAUAAAAUCGACAGUAAUUCAUGUGUAGGCUGUGUCCCGUAACGUUCCACUUACGUAAAUGAAUGCUUGCAGUCACCCGCUAAAUGAAGAUGUACCCAUUGUGAAGCGGCUCCUUGUUAAAACACUGGCUGAUGUGUUUUGCAUUUCACUGUGAAAACUCAGUUUUUAAUAUAUUCUCCUGAAUAAAGUCACAGAUGAGAGAAAACAA